ACGCGGCGGACGAUUGCUCGCGCAUUUUUGCUACUCGUCCGGUCGUAUUUUCCGCUCUACCGGUUCGUAUCAUCGUCCCAGUCCUCCGUUUUGGGACCCGCAUGGUCGUGAAUUUUUGUCAGAAAUCUACAGUGAAAUCGCAUCACUGUGACGUGAUAUUUGGAGUAGUCGGAGUGCGAAACUGAUGAUUUAAGGGGGAAGAGCGAUAGGGAGAACGACCGAGGUACUGUCCUCCAAAGGACAGGCACUGUUCCGUGGAAGCUUAUGAGAUCUCGAAAAAAGGCGGUAGGAAGAAUAAAGCGCGAUACACUGUGCUCUGAGACCGAUACGUAACCGUUAAAGAGACGAAGAGAGAUUAGAAGGAACGAACAAGGCUCGAUUCACGAUUGUACGAUGGAGGACGUGCCGGCAAAGGCGAUUCCGCUGGCGGAUGCAGCGCUGUCCAUAAAAAUAUUGAAUUUGGUGCAGCAGGCGUUGAACUACGGCCAGCUGAAGAAGGGAGCGAACGAGGCCACAAAGUCUUUGAAUCGCGGCCUGUCUGAGUUUAUAGUAAUGGCCGCGGAUACCCAGCCACUGGAGAUCCUGCUACACUUGCCGCUUUUGUGCGAGGACAAAAAUGUGCCCUAUGUUUUCGUACGGAGUAAGCAGGCCUUAGGGCGAGCUUGCGGAGUCUCCAGGCCGGUAGUAGCCUGUUCAGUAUUGAUCAAUGAGGGCUCGCAAUUAAAACCACAAAUUGAAGUUAUCCAACAAGAGAUCGAGAGGCUCUUAAUCUAAAAAAAAAAAAAAAUGAAACUUAUAUUUGUUAUUUUUAAUACUUCAUUAUUAUUAACGAGAUGCUGCAAAUCUUUAUUACGAUAUAAAUACUUGACAGAUUGAAAACAGUUUCACUGUGCUAUUUAUAAAAAAAAAAAUCUAGAUAUAUUACUCAAUCUCUUUUAUGUAUGAAAUUCUUUUAUAUACGAAAUACACAUUUAAGGCAUUAAUAAAAAAUUCAAACAGAA